CAUCUUUUUCUUUUGUAAUAGGGAGAUCAUAUCACUGGGUUCAGAGGCUUGAAGCAUAUAAAGCGUCCACUGUUUCGUUUACAUACCAUUUUCUUCAAGGGGGUUCUUUCUCUUAUAAAAAUGUCUGUAACAGCUGGUGUAAGUGAUGCAAUUAUUGCAAUUAGGGAAAAGCUCAGGGGUAAAAUUGGCCAAACAAAAGUGAAAAGAUAUUGGCCUGGUAAAGCUCCUGAAUGGGCAGAUGAACCAGAAAAAGAUGAGGAUAUGCGGAUGAACAGGGAAGCAGCACUUGAGAAAGCCUUUCCCAGCCAGGGUGGUUCAGACAUUGCAAGAAAAGAUGAUGCAAGGCUGCGUCGACUGGCAGAGAGUAAAGUUGAUAAUCGUGAGGAAAUCAGAGCAGAUCAUCGACGCAUCCGGCAAGCAGAGAUUGUUUCAACUAUUGAAGAGGAAAAUAGAAGACUAGAAAGAAUGGAAUUUGAGGAGGAUGACGAAGAUGCCUUGGAUGAAAGGAGGAGGAGAAUCAGGGAAAAAAAUCUUCAGAGGCAACAGGAAGAAGCUCUGCCGGAGGAAGAAGAAGAGGAGGUAGAAGAAGAGGAGGAAGAGGAAUCAGAAUAUGAAACUGAAUCAGAGGAAGAGACCACAGGGAUAGCAAUGGUGAAACCAGUUUUUGUUCCAAAAUCUGAGAGAGACACCAUAGAUGAGCGUGAAAAGCGCGAGGCAGAGGAACGAGCUCUCGAGGAGUUAGUGAAGAAGAGGUUAGAGGAGAGAAAACUUGAAACAAAACAAAUAGUAGUUGAGAAGAUACGAGAGGAAGAAAUAAUUCAGAAAAAUUUGGAGCUGGAAGCUAAUAUUGCUGAUGUAGAUACUGAUGAUGAGGUGAAUGAGGCUGAAGAAUAUGAAGCUUGGAAGUCCAGAGAAAUUGCCAGGAUCAAGAGGGAGAGGGAGGACAGGGAGGCUAGUAAGAAGGAGAGGGAAGAAAUAGAGAGAGUAAGAAAUAUGACGGAAGAAGAGAGGAAGGAGUGGGAAAGGAGAAACCCAAAACCUGCCCCACCACCCAAGCAGAAGUGGAAGUUUAUGCAGAAAUAUUACCACAAGGGUGCUUUCUUCCAGUCAGAUACUGAUGACAUAGCUGGAACUUCUGGCGCUGAUAAUAUAUUCCACCGUGAUUUCUCUGCACCAACAGGGGAGGAUAAGUUGGAUAAAUCCAUACUACCAAAAGUCAUGCAGGUCAAACACUUUGGUCGCAGUGGAAGGACAAAAUGGACACAUCUUGUCAAUGAGGACACAACUGAUUGGAACAACCCGUGGACAUACAAUGACUCUCUUCGGGCCAAGUAUAAUACAAAAAUGGCUGCUGUUAAUGCUCCUAUUGCUAAGCCUAAGGGUAAAAAAUUGAAGGAUUGGGAGACCCGGUGAAGCCGUAUUGUAGUCUGGUUCUUGUUUGUGCUCAUAGUUCAGCCAGCUUUCAGGUUGUUUGAAGCACUGUACUGACUUUCUGUUUUGCUCUUUGCAUUCAAAUGUCAUCUGUAGCUCUUGUGAAGUUAUAUGAAUGGCAGAGAAGCACAUUCUGGUAUCAGUUUCAGAAUUAUCCAAUUGUCUCCUUA